AAGGCAUACAAGGAAAUCAAGCUCCUCUGAGCAGGAUAAAGGAAGAAAGGAAAAUCAUGGCUUUGAACAAGAUUGUUGCAGUUUUCAGCAUUUGGUUUGCUUGUGUACUGUUGUUAGCCAUUGCUGCAGCAGCAGCAGAAACUCCAGUGCCUUCUCCAACUCCUGCCUCAAUUACUCAAACUCCUUCUGCUCCUAUCACCACCCCUGCUCCUGCUCCUGCUCCUGCACCUGGUUCUGCAUCAGGUCUCCUUGCAUCUUUCCCAUUAGUCAUGGCUGGACUAAUUGGUUUUGCCGUUUCUUUCCUUGCCCUUAAGGAAAUAGCUUGAGCUUUCUAAUUUCUCUCCUGAGUGUUGUCUACUUGUCUAGAUGGUGUCUUCAACUGUAAUUGUAUUUCUGUUUCUUCGUCCAAAAGAAACUUCUGUUCCUCGGUCCAAAAGAAAAACUUCUGUUUCUCAGUAUCUGUUUCUGUAAUGUUACAUCAUGGAUGCUAUUUUUGAUGUGUUUGUUUGCUGUCAACUUGUCAUGGACACCAUUUUAUAAUCCUC